UCCAAAUUCAAUUUUUGGUAACUUGCAGUGAUUUCUUCUCGGAGUUCAACUUUCUCUAUCCCACUAUGCUCCGGACUGUUACGCGGCUGCCACUGCGCAGAUGUAUCCAUACGAAUACCGGCUCCUCGCGCGCGCGCGCAUUCAGAAUUUAUUCAACCAAGUCUGGACUUGCACUGGGAGCUUCCUCUCCGGACAGUCGGCGGAUAGCACUUGACGCUCAUCCUGUAUCCGCACCUAAGAAGCCUCCAGCCUCCGCAGCUCCCUCAGUCCUCGCCGCAGACUCCCCUCCAUCUUCAGUGCAGACCGAAGAGGAGUCUCCCGAGACAUCAAUACCCGCGUCGGAUGAGAACGCGGAUGAAACAUCACCAGCCACACCAGUAGAGGCACAAGGUGGAGAAGAGUCAGCUGGAGGUGCUUUCAACCCGGUGACAGGUGAAAUUAAUUGGGACUGCCCAUGCCUCGGUGGAAUGGCCCACGGUCCAUGUGGCCCACAGUUCAGAGAGGCAUUUUCAUGUUUCGUAUACUCUGAAAAGGAGCCAAAAGGCAUUGAUUGUGUGGAGAAAUUCAAGGCCAUGCAAACCUGCUUCCGGGAACACCCUGACGUGUAUGGGGAGGAAAUUAUGGACGACGAUGAUGAAGAGGAAUCUCAGGGUCAAGCUACGUCCUCAGAUGUGCAGAUUUCCGAGGCUGAGGCUGCAACUCUGGACAACGUAGCUCAGGAACACGUCCAUCAUCCCUCGUCACCCGUUUCCACGUCAUAAUCAUAGAGCAUCGCUAUCUUACUUGAAGUAUCAUGGUUAAUUAUUCCCUUCAUAUAUUCACCACUCAUCUUACAUGACACACUACAUAGCGCAUGGAAUUCAAUACAAAACUAUGCCAAAGGUAUAUAUGAUUCUCGCUUCAGUUCGAGAACCGCUUCUCUAUGAUCUGGUCUUUCAAUUUAUAGCCGUUUGCAACAAAGAGCUUUGAGUGCAGGAAGGUCGAUGUGUCAUAGAUGUCAUGCUCCUUCGCCUGGAGAACUAGUGAGUUGACUGACAACUCAGACAAGGGGACCACUCACCCGUUCAUCGAGCUCAGAUACCUUAACAGUGAUGAGCUCAGGUUGCUCAUGUCUCUGCAGCUGGUGGAAGCGGGCCUUUUCCUUCACAAUCUGGCCAAGAAGGAAAGCCAAGAGCUCUUCAUAAUCGCGAGCUUG